GAGCCUGCCGCUGCCAUGCCUCCGCGCGCGCCGCCUGCGCCCGGGCCCCGGCCGCCGCCCCGGGCCGCCGCCGCCGCCGAGGACGCGGGGGGCCCCCGCGGGCCCGGGCUCCGGCCGCUGGCGCCGCGCCCCUGCCGCUGGCUGCUGCUGCUGCUCGCGUUGCCCGCCGCCUGCCCCGCGCGGUCGCCGCGCGCCGUCUACACCAACCACUGGGCAGUGCAAGUGCUGGGCGGCCCGGCCGAGGCGGACCGCGUGGCCGCGGCGCACGGCUACCUCAACUUGGGCCAGAUCGGAAGCCUGGAAAAUUACUAUCACUUUUAUCACAGCAAGACCUUUAAGAGAUCGACCUUGAGUAGCAGAGGCCCCCACACCUUCCUCAGAAUGGACCCCCAGGUGAAAUGGCUCCAACAGCAAGAAGUGAAACGCAGGGUGAAGAGACAGGCGCACAGUGACCCCCAAACCCUGAAUUUCAUCGACCCCCUUUGGUCCAACAUGUGGUACAUGCACUGCGGGCACAAGGGUACCCGCUGCCGGUCGGAAAUGAACGUGCAGGCGGCGUGGAAGCGAGGCUACACGGGGAAGAACGUGGUGGUCACCAUCCUGGAUGAUGGCAUAGAGAAGAAUCACCCCGACCUGGCCGGCAAUUACGAUCCCUACGCAAGUUACGACGUCAACGGGAAUGACCACGACCCGUCUCCACGCUACGACGCCAGCAAUGAAAACAAGCAUGGGACCCGUUGCGCGGGGGAAGUCGCCGCCUCAGCCAACAACACCUGCUGCAUUGUGGGCAUCGCGUACAACUCGAAGAUUGGAGGCAUCCGUAUGCUGGACGGGGACGUGACCGACGUGGUGGAGGCCAAGUCGCUGGGCAUCCGCCCCAACUACAUCGCCAUCUACAGCGCCAGCUGGGGGCCGGACGACGACGGGAAGACAGUGGACGGGCCGGGCCAGCUGGCGAAGCAGGCCUUCGAGUACGGCAUUAAAAAGGGCCGCCAGGGCCUGGGCUCCAUCUUCGUCUGGGCGUCCGGGAACGGCGGCCGAGAGGGUGACUACUGCUCCUGCGACGGCUACACCAACAGCAUCUACACCAUCUCCGUGAGCAGCACCACCGAGAGCGGCCACAAGCCGUGGUACCUGGAGGAGUGCGCCUCCACCCUGGCCACCACCUACAGCAGCGGGGCCUUCUACGAUCGGAAAAUCUUCACCACGGACCUGCGGCACCACUGCACCGACGGCCACACGGGGACCUCGGUCUCAGCCCCCAUGGUGGCGGGGGUCAUCGCCUUGGCGUUAGAAGCAAACAGCCAGUUGACCUGGAGGGACGUGCAGCACCUGCUGGUGAAGACUUGCAGGCCGGCCCACCUGAAAGCCAGCGAUUGGAAAACCAACGGCGCGGGGCAUAAAGUUAGCCAUCUGUACGGGUUUGGCUUGGUGGAUGCAGAAGCUCUGGUCCUGGCAGCGAAGAAGUGGACAGCGGUCCCCAUCCAGCACACGUGUGUUGCGGUCACCGACAAGAGGCCCAGGAGCAUCCCCUUGCUGCAGACGCUGCGGACCACCGCCCUGACCACCGCCUGCGCAAACCGCUCAGACCAGCGCGUGGGCUACCUGGAGCACGUGGUGGCCCGGAUCUCCAUCUCCCACCCGCGCCGAGGAGACCUCCAGAUCCACCUGAUCUCUCCCUCGGGGACCAAGUCCCAACUACUGGCAAAGAGGUUGCUGGACCAUUCCAACGAAGGGUUUUCAAACUGGGAGUUCAUGACCGUGCACUGCUGGGGAGAGAAGGCGGAGGGGGAGUGGACCUUGGAAAUCCAGGACAUACCGUCCCAGGUGCGCCACCCGGACAGACAAGGGAAGCUGAAAGAAUGGAGCCUCAUCCUGUACGGCACGGCGGAGCACCCGUACGACACCUUCACCUCCCACCAGUCACGCUCCCGGAUGCUGGAGCUGUCCACCCCGGAGCUGGGGCCACCCAAGGCCUCCCUGUCGCCGCCCCAGGCCGAGGCGCCUGAGGACGAAGAAGACUACACAGCUCCUCCCUCCCACGGCUGCCCUAAUACUUUACAGACCAGUGUGUGCCACCCGGAGUGCGGGGAAAAGGGCUGCGAGGGCCCCGGGGCAGACCAGUGCUUGAACUGCGUGCACUUCAGCCUGGGGAACGCCAAGACCGGCAGGCCCUGUCUGUUCCCCCCUCCCCCAGGAAGUGGCGUGAGCGAGUGUCCCUUGGGCUACUUCGGGGACACGGCCGGGAGACGCUGCCGGAGGUGCCACCGGGGCUGUGAGACCUGCAUGGGCAAGAGCCCGCUCCAGUGCCUGUCCUGCCGCCCGGGGUUCUACCACCACCAGACCUGAAACACCUGCAUGGUGCACUGCCCGGCUGGGUCUUACGCCUCCGAAAGCGACAGAACUUGCCGGAAGUGCCACCCGAGCUGUAAGAAGUGCGCAGACGACCCGGAGAAAUGCACCGUCUGCAAAGGAGGAUUCAGCCGGUCCAGGGCCGCUGCGGUCCUGGACUGUGAACAGGGCACCUACUUUGAUGCCGAGCAGAUGAAGUGGCGGCCGUGCCACCCCACCUGCAAGGCCUGCACGGGACCCAGCCGAGAAGAAUGUAUUCACUGUGCCGCAAACUUCCGCUUCCAAGACUGGAAGUGCGUGCCAGACUGUGACGAGGGCUACUACCCAGAGGAGAUGCGGGGUUUGCUCCACAAGGUGUGCCGGAGGUGCGACGAGAGCUGCCUGAGCUGCGAAGGCUCCAGCAGGAACUGCAGCCGGUGUAAGACGGGCUUCAUGCAGCUGGGGACCUCGUGCAUCGCCAACCACACCUGCAGCAAAGCCGACGAGACAUUCUGCGAGAUGGUGAAGUCCAACCGCCUCUGUGAACGGAAGCUCUUCAUUCAGUUCUGCUGCCGCACAUGCCUCCUGGCUGGGUAGGGGCGCCUGGCCGCCUGUGGAGGGCAGGGCCGCUCCCGCCCGUCCAUCAGUCCGUCCACCCAUCUCUGGACUGGGGGCCGGAGCCUGUUUCUGGGGCAGAGCCCUGCACCCGACAGCUUUAUCUUCCCCGGAGUGAGGUCCUUCGGGCCGCAUCUCUGGGCACCGGAGCCCGUGGGCGGGGGGGCGGGGCGCCUGCAGGGGCUGCCCCUGACCCAGCGCUGUCCUCUCCAACUCCGCUUGCUGGCUGCAUUCUUCCCGCCAACUGCACACGGGAACCACGGGAAUCCUGGGAGUCCACGGCUCCAGCUGCUGGGACCAUACGUUUACCGAAUCUUCGAGACCAAAGCAGAAAGUCACGCCACUUGGCCUCCCACGUCACCCUUUCCGUCCCCACGGGCUUCCGAGCAGCUCCGAGGUCAAUCUCAGCCACUGGUCCCAGCCCGCAGAACCUGGCUGUCCCCAUGCACACGUGAUGCAGGGCCGGGCCCCGCACCUGCUCCCCCAGCUGCCACAGAGCAGUCUGGGGGGGACAGUUUGGUCAGACUAGAAAUAAGACAGACUGGGGGGCAUACAGGGUCUGACCACCGGGCGUAGAGCAUCUACUUCUACAUAAUCAGUGACCUCUGAAACGCAGUCGCUUAGAGAGUCGGGAUUCGGAACCCGGGGACGGGGGGAGGGUCUUCCUUCCCCGAGCGGUCUCCUUUGAGUGAGCCAAGCGCCCUCCCCACGCCCUCAGUCUGUAUCUGUGGGAGUUCUCGUGGCCGGGUCCCCAUGCCUGCCUCCACCUGGACGCCCAGCCUUCUGAGGAGGGUUCCCAGCAGGCAUCCUGCGGGGGGGCCAGCCAGGAAGGUGCCCCAGUGACCAAGCGGUUCCUCCAACCGAGACGUACGCCCAGCCCCUGGGUGGUUCACCAUUCACGUCCCAGUGGGUGGAGUUGCUGUUAAAAUCCGUGUGGUCCCCACUCC